AUACUUUCAUUGACUCUCAGUCUACCACUAACUACAUUGUUAAUCUACAUCUGUUAGUAGAAUUUUCAGACAAUUUUAGUCCAACCAAGUGCAUGCACAAUAAUCUACACCAAUCCUCGGCACUCAAAACAUCUCACAGGAUGAGAGCAGCAGGAGCUAACAGAUACUGGACUCAUGUAAUAUCUUUGUUUCUCAUCUCCACAUCUCAAGCUGCUGCAUCAAGUGGAAACGAAACGGAUCAACUAGCAUUGUUAGCCUUCAAAGCAAAGAUUUCCCAUGAUCCCCUAGGAGCGUUUAGCUCCUGGAAUAUGUCUCUCCAUUUCUGCCUCUGGGAAGGCAUUACAUGCAGCCAACGCCACCAAAGAGUCAUCAUCCUAGACCUCUCAUCUAAAGGUCUGGUAGGUUCCUUGUCUCCUCAUAUAGGAAACAUGAGUUUUCUGACUAAACUUGUUCUCUACAACAACAAUCUUCGAGGCUUGAUUCCUCCAGAAGUAGACCGUCUUUCCAGGCUACAAGUCCUAAGCUUAGGCCGUAAUGCUUUGGAAGGAAACAUACCAGAUACCUUGGGACGACUUAAUAGGUUAGUCAUUCUUGAACUUUUUUCCAGUAAGCUAUCUGGUAUGAUCACUACUUUUUUUAAUCUCUCGUCACUGAAAGUCUAUAAUUUGGCCAAUAAUCAAUUUCAAGGAAGUAUACCAUCAGAAUUCGGAUUGGCCUAUCCCAAUCUACAAAAAAUUCAGCUGUCUGAUAACAAUUUAAGUGGAACCAUUCCUGUAUCACUAUCUAAUGCCUCCACACUUCAAGUUAUUGACUUGCAGUUCAACCGUUUUAGCGGUCCCACACUUGUAGAUUUUGGAAGGCUACCAUAUCUUCAGAAAUUAGGCCUAGCAAAUAAUAAUCUAGGAGUAGGGGAACAUGGUGACUUGAGUUUUUUCGACUCAUUGGUCAACUGCAGCAGCUUAAAGAUACUGGAAGUAGGGGCCAAUAAUUUACAAGGAUCAUUGCCCUGUUCUUUUGUCAAUCUAUCAACUGAGCUAACAAUGAUAAGCUUAGCAGAUAAUCAGAUUUUUGGAAGCAUCCCUUCAGAGAUAUGUAAAUUUACCAAUUUGAUCUUUUUGUCAUUAGGAGGUAACAAGUUCACAGGCAUGAUCCCCCCCGGAAUUGUUAAGCUCAGGAAGCUUCAGCGAAUUGUUCUUUCUAACAACAGACUUACAGGGAGCAUUCCUGCCUCCAUAGGGAACCUGUCUAUGUUGGAUGAAGUUCAUUUAGAAAAUAAUGAAUUGAACGGAACCAUUCCUUCGAGUUUUGGAAAUUGUCCUAUGUUGGUCCUCUUGGAUUUGUCUCAAAAUAACCUCAGUGGGACUAUACCCAACCAAUUUUUUCAUGUUUCUCCUUUUUCUGUCAAAUUGAAUCUUUCUCAAAACCAUUUGGUUGGAUCACUACCAGCAGGUAUUGGUGCUUUGAAAACCUUGGUAAAGUUGGAUGUUUCAGAAAAUGAGCUGUCUGGCUUGAUACCAACAGAGCUUUAUGAUUGCAGUGCCCUUGAAUCACUCUACAUGCGGGGGAAUUUUAUUCAGGGUUUCAAGUCCCAACCAGUGAAAAAGUUAAGAGCUCUGCAAAAUAUUGAUCUUUCUCGUAAUAACUUAUCUGGAAAAAUCCCAGAUUUCUUUGAAACCCUACACUUGAAAUAUUUGAAUCUUAGCUGGAAUAACCUUGAGGGAGACGUACCUAAGAAAGGAUUAUUCGCAAAUGCAAGUGCAUAUUCAAUAGUAGGUAACAGGCUCUGUGGUGGGAUACCUGAACUACAGCUACCAAGAUGCAGUAGUUACAGUCCAGCUUAUCAAAUAAUAGUGGUUCUACUUGGGCUGGUUUUUAUACUACUUAUUUUCACUAUUUUGUUACAUAUUUAUGCAAAUAUGGUGCUGCGUUCAGUAUUAAAUAGACCCAUUUCAGUAUCACCCAUCACAUUGUCAUACAAGCAACUCCAUCAAGCCACUAAUGGUUUCUCAAAAACCAACUUAGUCAGCAAGGGUGCUUCCGGUUUAGUGUACAAAGGAAAAAUUGGUCCACAAUACAAUAAAAGAGCUGUUGCAAUUAAAGUUUUCAAUGAAGAAGCAACCAACUGUUUCAUCACUGAGAUUGAAGCCCUGCAGAAUAUUCACCACAGAAACAUUGUUAAGAUCAUGAGUAUAUGCUCAACUAUUGUAGAGAACCGCGGUUUUAAAGCUAUUGUUUACAAUGUCACUGAGCAUAGGAGCUUGGAGUGGUGGCUGCAUUCAAAAAGUAUGACAUCUCAUGACAAGCUCCAGAUACUGAAUCUUAGUACCAGAAUAAAUAUAGCAAUUGAUGUGGCCAAUGCACUUGACUAUCUUCAUAAUUCUUCGGAUAAUCCCUUGAUUCAUUGUAAUCUAACAUCAAGCAAUAUUUGGCUAGACACAGACAUGUGUGCACAUGUAUCAAAUUUUGGACUCGCAAAGUAUCUUACUGAUAUAGGCAGUGAUAGUCAAGCUCAAAUCAGAUCUGGAGCAGUUCGAACCCCAGGAUAUAAGCCUCCAGAGUACUGCCUGAGAAGCUCAAUGUCAACCAAGGGGGAUGUGUACAGCUACGGACUAAUUUUGCUGGAGAUGCUGACAGGCAAGAAGACUACUGACCCUAUGUUUAACGAAGGUUAUAAGCUGCAGAACUUUGUCUCCAGUGCCUUGUCUGAUGGUGUAAAGGAUAUUAUUGACCCAGUCAAUCUACAUGAACUUAGUAGAGAUGCUGCAGCACAUGCAGAAGACUCUCUGAGUAUGCUUUUCAACAUUGGUGUGAAAUGUACCCUGGAGAUGCCACAGUUUCGACCAGACAUAAGGGAUACCUUAAGCAUGCUGAAAACAGUUCGGAUCAACUUUAAGGCUAAUCAUACUACUGAGGCAUAUGCUCGGACAAGCUCCCUAGCUUCAGUCAUUAUGGCUCAAAGAAACAUGAAAUCUCUACCAUUGUAUGGGAUAACAAAAAUGGCUCCAAACUCAAGAUCAAUGUCGACGUUAUCAUCAGUCGUGGUGUCAUAUGUGGAUCUCCACAAAGCAACUAAUGGAUUUUCCCUUACUAAUCUAGUCGGUGCAGGUGGCUAUGGCUCUGUUUAUAAAGGAAGAUUUCUUUUAGGGAAUAGUGGAUUAGAAGACGGAACAGGAACAGCUGUUGCAAUCAAAGUAUUCAACCUUCAGCGUAGAGGUGCAGUGAAAAGUUUCAACACUGAAUAUGGAACCUUAAAAAACAUUCACCACCCGAAUCUUGUAAAGACUAUAACUACUUGCACAAGUGUAGAUAAGGAGGGUGGUGCUUUUCGAGCAAUUCUUUAUGAGUUCAUGGAUCAUGGAAGUUUAGAAAUGUGGUUGCAUCCAAGAUAUAAAAAUUACUACAAUGGUCCCCUCCAACCUCAUAUACUGAGCCUUCACGCUAGAAUAGAUAUAGCAGUUGGUGUCGCCAGUGCACUGAGUUAUCUUCAUCAUCAAUGUGAGCAUUCCAUAAUUCACUGUGAUCUAAAACCUGGCAACAUUUUGCUAGACAAAAACAUGGUUGCUCACAUUGCUGAUUUUGGACUGGCAAUAUCCCUUCCAAAAUCCCCGGAAUUGAACCAAUUGAGCAGCUCAGCUGGAAUGCGAGGAACCCUGGGAUAUAUACCUCCAGAGUAUGGCCUAGGAUGCAAGAUGACAACCAAGGGAGACACUUACAGCUUUGGGAUUCUAUUGCUGGAGAUGCUGACAAGAAUGAAGCCUACUCAUCGUAUGUUUCGUAAAGGUCUUAACCUUCACAACUUUGUUUGGAUGGCCUUUCCUAACAACAUUGUUGACAUUACUGACCCACUUAUGAAGAUAAGAUCAUCUGCAAAUGAAGGGGAAUGCCUAACUAGACUGUUCAAUAUUGGUUUAGCAUGCUCCAAGAUCUCAUCAAAAGAUCGACCAGACAUGCAUGCUGUAUUACUUGAGCUGAAAUCCAUUAGGAACAGCUUCCAGUUGAAUUAGUUAUGAUAUGAACAUUAGUUCCACAAUGUUGAUUUGCACUAUGCAUAAUAAUCUCAUCGAAAAACAAAUUAAUUUCAUUUUUUACGGACAUGAAAAGCUUGUUCUUGAUACGUGG